AUGGCUUUCCUGAGCGCCCUUAUCUGCUUGGCACUUAAUUAUGUCGUUUUGGCCAUUCCUCUCCAGGAACGCAAAGGAUUACAAGAGUCAUAUUAUAGCAGGAGACACAGUCAGAGAAUACACUAUCCGCUUUAUAUUAUGCAGCUUUACCAGUCACUCAUCAUGGGGAACGUGACUGAUCUCUCUGGAUUAGAACGCCCAGCCCUUCAGGAAUCGGACACUGUCCUGAGUCUCAAUGCAAGGAGUUGCACUGAAGAAGAGGACCGUUGGAUGAUAUCGUUUGAUAUGUCUUCUAUCUCCAGCAGCACUGAAAUAAAGUUGGUGGAGCUUAGAGUUCGUUUCCUUCCUUUUGAGAAGUCACGUAAUAUCACGGUGGAGAUCUACCAUACCAAAGAAGGCCAAGACAAGCUCUUCAUGGGAUCUUUCAAGACAAACCCUGCUACCCAGGAGGAUGAAAACUGGAAAAUAUUUAAUCUGACCAGAAUUCUGCAGAAUUCCAUCUACCAAGGAGAACCAGAUUCAAGUAUAGAAUACAUUUCAGCAGAGGACCUGGUAUCCAGCAGAGCUUUAGAUUCUGGUCAAACUUCACAGCACAACGCAGAACCUCUCACUGACAAGCCUUUUGCAUUAGACAGAGCAAUUCUUGUUGUCUUUGCCAGAGAGAAGCCAACGGCAAGACAUUUUGGCUCUCCCAGCCUUAUUCAGACUGUACAGUCCUCAAAGUACAUCAUGGCGGAUAGAACAACUAAAGGAAAUGAUCUUCGAAGACAAAGGAGAAACCACAACCUAAAACACAACAUGAUAGCCAAUAGUAUGCAAGCCAUAGCCAAGGAAACAGGCGCAUUUCUUUGUAGAAAAGUCGACAUGUGGGUGGAGUUUGAUAAGAUUGAAUGGGGCGACCGAAUUGUCUAUCCAAGAAGGUACAACGCCUAUAGGUGUGAAGGAGCAUGUCCAAUUCCACUGAAUGAGAACUUUCAGCCAACAAACCAUGCUUUUAUAAAAAGUCUGGUCAAGAUGCAUGAUUCUGAAAAGGUGGAGUGCUCUUCCUGUGUCCCCGUGAAGAUGAGUGCAAUGUCAAUGCUUAUCUAUGAAGACGAAAAAGUCGCGCUGAAACACCACGAGGAUAUGAUUGUAGAAGAGUGCGGAUGUAACUGA